AUGAAAAGCCAAUUAAUAGGAUUUCUUAUGAACUUUUGGAUUUCUUUUUCACUUGCUUUAUAUUUUCACAGUGGAGAAAGAGAAGAGAAAUGCAUAAUCGAAGAUGUUCCCAGUGACACAUUGGUAAUUGGGAAUUACAAAGUACAACGCUGGGAUAUACAUAAACAAGAAUUUCUUGAAUCUGCUCCUGGUUUGGGAAUGUUUGUGACUGUCACAACUCCUUCUGCUGAGGUACUAUUGUCAAAACUGUAUGGGCCACAAGGAACAUUUUCUUUUACAUCCUAUCUAUCUGGGGAGCAUGUUAUCUGCUUACAGUCUAACUCCACAAGAUUUGUGGCUUUUGCAGGAAGUAAACUGCGUAUCCAUUUGGACAUUAGAGUUGGAGAACAUUUUUUGGAUGAGUCUGUUGUUCAAGCCAAAGACAAAGUGAAUGAAGUUAACUUUAGACUAGAACAUCUAAUUGAGCAAAUUCAUCAUAUAUCCAAAGAACAAAACUAUGAAAGAGAGCGUGAAGAAAAAUUUCGGAAGACAAGUGAAGAAACCAACAGCAAUAUUUUGUGGUGGGCUAUUGUACAAACACUAAUCCUCAUCUCCAUUGGAAUCUGGCAAAUCAAAUCUCUCAGAGAUUUCUUUAUAUCUAAGAAGCUUGUUUAA